AUGAGCCGUCAAUUCACAUACAAAUCAGGAGCUCCCACUAAGGGAGGCUUCAGUGGCUGCUCAGCUGUGCUCUCUGGGGGUCCCAGCAGCUCAUCUUCCUACCGGGCAGGAGGCAAAGGACUCCAGGGUGGCUUUGGCAGUCGGAGUCUCUAUAGCCUGAGAGGGACUAGGAGCAUCUCUCUCAGUGUGGCUGGUGGGAGUGGGCGGAGUGGGGGCUAUGGUUUUGCUCGGGGUCGGGCCAGCGGCUUUGCCGGGAGCAUCUUCGGCAGUGUCGCCCUGGGUCCUGGGUGCCCAACGGUAUGCCCACCAGGAGGCAUCCACCAAGUUACCAUCAACAAGAGUCUCUUGGCUCCCCUCAAUGUGGAGCUAGACCCUGAGAUUCAGAAAGUGAGGACCCAGGAGCGGGAGCAGAUCAAAGCUCUCAACAACAAGUUUGCCUCUUUCAUUGACAAGGUGCGGUUCCUGGAGCAGCAGAACCAGGUGCUGGAGACCAAGUGGAACUUGCUACAGCAGCUGGACCUGAGCAACUGUAAGAAGAACUUAGAGCCUAUUUAUGAGGGUUAUAUCAAUAAUCUGCAGAGGCAGCUGGAGACCCUGUCAGGGGAUAGGGUGAGACUGGACUCUGAGCUGAGGAACAUGAGGGACCUCGUGGAGGACUUCAAGAAGAGGUAUGAAGAGGAAAUCAAUAAACGGACAACAGCAGAAAAUGAGUUUGUGGUGCUCAAAAAGGAUGUGGAUGCUGCUUACACAAAUAAGGUGGAGCUGCAGGCCAAAGUGGAAUCCUUAGAUGGAGAAGUAAAAUUCUUUAAGUGCCUGUAUGAAGGAGAGAUUGCCCAGAUCCAGUCACACAUCAGUGACACAUCUGUCAUCCUUUCCAUGGACAAUAACCGAAACCUGGACCUGGGCAGCAUCAUCGAUGAAGUCAGAAGCCAGUAUGAGGAUAUUGCCAUGAAGAGCAAGACUGAGGCUGAGAACUUGUAUCAAUCCAAGUUCCAGGAGUUGCAGCUGGCAGCUAGCCGGCAUGGAGAUGAUCUCAAACACACCAAGAAUGAGAUCUCAGAGCUGAGCCGUCUCAUCCAGAGGCUUCGCUCAGAGAUUGAGAAUGUGAAGAAGCAGUGCUCCAACCUGGAGACAGCCAUUGCAGAUGCUGAGCAGAGGGGUGACUGUGCCCUGAAAGAUGCCAGGGCCAAGCUAGAUGAACUGGAGGGUGCCCUGCAUAGCGCCAAGGAGGAGCUGGCUCGCCUGCUAAGGGACUACCAAGAGCUGAUGAGUACCAAGCUUGCCCUGGACAUUGAGAUCGCAACCUACAGAAAGCUACUGGAGGGCGAGGAGUGCAGGAUGUCUGGAGAGUACACCAACUCUGUGAGCAUCUCUGUGAUCAGCAGCACCAUGGCUGGAAAUGCCAACUCAGGGACUGGAUUUGGGCUUAGUGGUGCCAGCUCCUAUGGCUUCCGCCCCAGCUCAGUCAGUGGUGGCUACGGAACCCUUGGUGGAGGAUGUGUUGUUGGCACUGGGGUCUGCAGCCCAAGGGGGGAAUCCAAGACCCAACUGGGCAGUGCCAAUGAAUGCAAGGACGCCCUUGGGAAGGUGUCUUUGGCUCUGAGCUCACCCACCAAGAAAAUGACAAGAUAA